AUGGAUUUUCAGGGAUUGGGCUCGAGCUGGAGCUCAUUUGAUGCUGCAAUGGUGGGGGAGGAAUCCCAAGUCAUGGCACAGUUGUUCGGUUCUCAGGAGAUGUUUUGGUCUGAUCACAGUUCUCACUGUGAUCUUUUUGAUUGGAACCAAGGCAGCAGCUCUCCUAGCGUUCUUCCUCAUGUAGAUGCCAAUUAUGUAGGAGAUAACUACUUUUGCAAAACCAAUACGAGCUCGGAAAUGGUGGAGCCUCUGCCUCCACUUUCACAAACCAUGAAGAGAAAGUUGAAUAACGAGGACACGACGACUAUGUUCGAGGUUCCUAAGAAGAAGGCGAGCAUUUCCAUUCCUUGUUUCAAUUGUGAAACAUUGGUUUCAAAGAAGGGGAAGAAUUCACUGUCCAAGAGGAUUGAGAAGAGUGACGGCACUGUGCAUGAGGACUUAAAUUCACAGAAUUCCAGUUGCUACAGCUCGGAGGAUGAUGAUUCCAACGAGCAGAAAGGAGCAACCAAUGGAAAGAAAAGAGCUGGUAGAGGAGCAGCAACUGAUCCCCAAAGCCUGUACGCAAGGAAGAGGAGAGAAAGGAUCAAUGAGAGGCUGAAAACCUUGCAAAACUUGGUUCCAAAUGGGACAAAAGUAGACAUUAGCACAAUGCUUGAAGAAGCAGUUCAGUAUGUCAAGUUCUUGCAGCUCCAAAUUAAGCUGUUGAGCUCUGAUGACUUGUGGAUGUACGCUCCCAUUGCAUACAAUGGCAUGAACCUUGGCAUUGACUUGAACAUCUCUCAACUGUGACAUUCAGAACAGUUUUACUCGACUAUAUAUAGAACUGAAGGAGAAUAA